CUCCUUGCCAGUUCGAUUUGGCAGACAGCCAGGGAUGGAGUUUUCCUUUUGCGACAUGCAACCCAUUCACUCGUUAACCUGGGUGGGUUUGGGUCAUAACCAGCCAACCCAAAACCAAUCCGCUCGCCCCACUCUUUACCACGGAGAAGAAACGGACAACAAAGUUGGUCUCCUUCGCUUCUGCCUUCUGCAAGCGGAAGUGGAGGCAACAGAAUAAAGCAAGGAAGACAGUGGGGGGAGGCGGAAAGAAAUAGCAAAAGAGGGGAGCUUUACUCUGCUUCGGUGGUGGUGGGUGGGAAUGGGUGGCGGAGCAUCGAGAUGGAGGAGGGCGGCGAGGAAGAUUGGUUUCCCUUGCGCUUCCUUCUCCAGUGAGACCCCAGCUAAAACUAAAAAUCGAAUUUUUGGGUCGGAACCAUGGUGCAUUGACCUCAUUGUCUUUCUUCUGCAUUAUUGUCGGGAAGAAAUAUUUGAUCUCUUUCUCCGGGAUUAGCAUAACGACGGAGAGCGCAGAGGGAAAACCGGAGGAAGCAGGGGCGAAAGGUGUCCCUGAUAAGAGACUAUGUGCAAUUUGCUUGGAGCCCCUUAGCUGUGGUGAUGGCAGUACCAAUUUUGCCAGCAACCAAAAGAUCUUCACAGCACAAUGCAUGCAUGCUUUUCACUUCAUGUGCAUUGCAUCGAACGUCCGGCAUGGCAGUGUUACAUGCCCCAUCUGCCGAGCACAAUGGUCACAGCUCCCACGUGAGUUCACCACGCCCUCCAUUAGCAACACUGACCCCAUCCUCCGCAUCCUUGAUGACUCGAUUGCCACUUCCCGCUUUAACCGCCGAUCAUUUCUCCGUGCCACCCGCUACAAUGAUGAUGACCCUGUUGAGCCUGAAGCAGCAAUUGAAGCCAGCCACCCUCGCCUUCACCUUGCCAUCAUUCCUGUUUCAUCACCAACAGAUGUGCUUCCACAACAUAAUACUUUGCCAAAUGGGCGGAAGAGGGCCUACCUGUCUGUAAAACUCUCUCAGCAACAAGCAACUGAUCUGAUUCUUGUUGCAAGCCCAAAUGGGCCUCAUUUAAGGCUGCUCAAGCAAUCCAUGACACUUGUGGUCUUCUCGCUGCGUCCCAUGGAUCGGUUGGCCAUCGUAACCUACUCCACCACCGCCACUCGUGCCUUCCCUCUAAGGCGGAUGUCAUCUCAAGGGAAGCGGGCAGCACUACAAGUUAUCGAUCGCAUAUUUUACCUAGGUGAAGCUGAACCUGCUGAAGGGCUCCGGAAAGGUCUCAAGAUAUUGGAGGACCGGACUCACCACAAUCCACUUGCUUGCAUCCUCCACCUUUCAGACAGCCCGACCCAAAGUUAUGUCUGCAGAGACCUGCAGUUUCCCAUCCCAAUUCACAGGUUCCAUAUUGGUUUUGGAUUUGGGAUGUCAAGUGGGUUUGUAAUGCAUGAGUUUGAAGAGUUCUUAGCUAGAUUGCUUGGGGGCAUGAUCAGAGAGACCCAAGUAAGAAUAGGAGCAGAGGGUGGACGGGUAUUGUUGGGGGAGCUGAGAGGAGGAGAAGAAAGGAGGAUACCAGUGAACUCAAUCGAUGACUGUGGAUACCUUGCUGUCAGCUAUAGCUAUGUUGAAGGAGGAGCAGAACAGAGGCUAAGCACUGGGGAAGUAGUGCUUGGGACCGAGAUGAAGAAUGACCAAAAUGAUCCUCAGGGUGAGAUUGAAGCAAUUGAUCUCACUGUUAGAGGAAGGAGCAACCAUGUCGAGAGGUGGGGUUACCUUGACCCCUUCAUGGCUCGACGAUGGGCGAAGCAUCUGCAUGGACACAAAGCAUGACGACAAUGAACUGUUCAAAUAAAUCUCAAUUGUAUGAAUCUUGUGAAUGCAAUGAAGGCUUGGGUUCAGAAUCCUGAUGAGGUUCAGCUGUAAAGUUGAAAGACUUAUCCUUUCAACUCAAUGAGAUCACCCGGGUUUCGCAAUGAUGGAGAUCUCUAAAUCAGCAUCCUCAUUUUUUUUCACAUCAUCAUGUAAGCAGAUACUUUCAUAUUUCUUGUAUUCUUUCUUUCCUUUUCCAACAUCAUUUUUACUACCAUGUGAGUGUGGAUAUGCCUGUAUGAUCUUGCUUAUUAAGCAACAUUGAUUUCCCCCAGAGAUUUUGUGUAUCCUUUGGUAUUGAAACUUUAUGGCAUUUUGUUCCCUUAUUAUAA